UUUACACGCUGUAAGUAGCCUAGUUUGACGUCGUGUUUGUAAUUCAAUGCGUGUCGCUACAUGCAGUUCUUGUACUAACGCAAACGCGCUCGUACAGAAGGAAAUAUCUCGUAUUUGAGUCGUCUGUCUCACCUGUGUGUAGCUACUUUGGGACGGAAACGCUCUUCCUUCGCUCGGCUAUCGCUGCCGCUGGAAUCCCGCCGCUGGCGCGCGCUGCUUCAGUAAGACGGCGAACUUUACGGACACGUUUUGACCCAAAAUGGCAGAGGGUUUCGCCCAUCUCCUCCUGUCUGGUAUGCUGAUGUGUGGUCUGCUUCUCCAAACGGUGUCCCAACGUGGAGCCAAUGUUGAUAAGUCCAGUAAGAAGCCCAAUUUCAUCGUCAUACUGGCAGAUGAUAUAGGCUGGGGUGACCUGGAUGCUAACCAGCCUCAAGAGAAGACAAACAACACACCUUACCUCAACCUUAUGGCCGAGCAAGGACUUAGAUUGACAGACUUCCACUCUCCAGCCUCGACGUGCUCCCCAUCCCGUGCUGCCAUCCUGACAGGCCGCUAUGGCCUAAGAAACGGGGUGACUCAUAACUUUGCUGUGGGCUCUGUGGCCGGUCUGCCUCUGUCUGAAGUCACGCUGCCCCAGCUGCUACAGAGGGCGGGUUAUUACACCGCCAUGAUCGGGAAAUGGCAUCUAGGCCACAAUGGACCAUUCAGUCCAACUCACAGAGGUUUUGACUACUACUUAGGUAUUCCUUACAGCAACGACAUGGGCUGUACUGACGUCCCUGGGUACAAUUUGCCUCAGUGCCCUCCUUGUGAUUCAUACGGACCCCAAGUGAUCAGAUUGAAGAGGAGCGUACAUGGAGGCUGUUAUUCCAAAGUGGGCCUUCCUCUGAUUGAAAACAGCACUAUUGUGGAGCAGCCACUUGACCUGUGGACGCUGACAGAACAAUACAAAUCCGCUGCAACCAGGAUUAUACAGCAUGCAAGGGAGCGAGGACAGCCCUAUCUCCUCUACAUGGCGUUGGCUCAUAUGCAUGUUCCCCUGGCCCCUCCACUCCCUCCAGACGCCUCUGCCACCACCCGCCGCCCAGAGGACAAAGUGUAUGCUGCCAGCCUGCGAGAGAUGGACAGCCUGGUGGGGGCAGUAAAGAGUGCUUCUGACGAUAAUACUCUCAUCUGGUUCACCGGUGACAACGGUCCGUGGGAAAAGAAGUGCCAGUAUGCGGGAAGUGUAGGACCUUUCAUGGGAAAGUGGCAGAGCAGCCGAGGUGGAGGCUCAGCUAAGCAGACCACCUGGGAGGGAGGUCACAGGGUACCAACAGUGGCUUAUUGGCCCGGGAGGAUCCGUGCAAACACCACCAGCUCCGCCCUGCUCAGUGGUAUGGACAUCUUCCCAACCCUUCUGUCCCUGGCAGGGGUAACUCCCCCCUCAGACAGACAUUAUGAUGGCAUUGAUGCCACAAAUGUCCUCCUGCAUGGUGAACAGAGUGGUCAUGAGUUUCUCUUCCACCCUAACAGCGGAGCUGCAGGGACGUUUGGUGACCUGCAGACAGUUCGAACGGGGAAACACAAAGCUUUCUACAUCACAGGUGCAGCUGAGGCCUGCGGUGGUACAACGGGAAGUCCGAUGCUCCAUGACCCGCCGCUGAUAUUUGAUCUGCAGCGUGACGAGGCUGAGGAAACGCCCCUGGAGGUGGAGACACCAGAAUACCAGGCGGUAGCUGAGAGGAUUGCCCGCAGGAGGGAGGCGUUAUUAUGGGACAUUGCCACCGACAGGUCGGUGUCCACAGCAGACUACAGCACAGAUGAAUCCGCAGCGCCCUGCUGUGACCCCGGACGGCCUGUUUGCCGCUGCCGCACGCUGGGCUGAGGGCGGGGAAACGACCCGCACAGACGCUCACACAACAGGCUGAAAGAGAAGCACACAGAUGCAGGCAAACAGAUGUGGAGUCGAAUAUCUCCUUUUAGAUGUGCUCAGCUGUUUGUUUGUGGAACGUGUUGUUUGGGAGGUUCAACGUCCAGAUGCAGCAGGAGACGAGCAAACAAGCAGAGCGAGCACAGAGGUGCAGGCGGCUGAACUUUGGCCAGCUGGUACUGUGAGGUCAAUAAUUUGGGAAAAAUAGGAGUGUGAGUCAUCAUGUGAAGGUUUGAGUGUUUGCUGAACAAAAAUGUGAAAAACUUAGCUUUGUUUUUAUUUUCUUGGAUGUUUGAUGAGAUUUAACACAGGAUUUAAACAUUAAUGGCACUAUUUUAAAAUCAAAACUCCACAGUGCAGAGGCUGAAUCACUUCUCAGCUUUAAUGAGUCUCUGGCGUCCAGAAUCGAACAGCUCAAUGCAGCCUAUGCGUGUCCUAACAGCGCCACCUUUUGGCAAUCAAAUGGCAUUACCAUGUUACUUAUUACAACUGUACUAUAUAUAAAUGUUAUAUACACAUUAUACACACAGUAAAAAUCCUCAAUAUAUAUUUAUGCAUUGGUAAGUCUAUGCGUUGAUGUGUAAUACAUAAAACAUUUUGCAAAAAGAAUAUUUAAUACAUCAAAGUAAAAAUGACUAUGACUUCCAUGUUAACAUACUGUAUUCAGCAUCAUGUCGUACGUAAAGAGGUCUUCAGGAUAUUGCUGAAAUUCAAGGACCUGUCACUCUGUUGUGUACAGCUCUCCAUCGAGCCUUUCACAUUCAGCCAGUCUCAUCUACCACUGCCAUAAUUAGUAAUGACAGCUGCAUCUGCAGGUCAUAUAAUACUUACUGCACGUAUUGUGGUUUAAAUAGUGUAUCACACUUACAACAUGUUUUCCUUCUUGACGGCUCCUCUUGCCUUAGGUGUGACACCUUUAAUGCCCAUUGAUAAGCUCCACUGAGGCUUGAUUGACAAAAAUGCCCUUUAUAAUAUAUUUUCAGACGCUAAUUUUCAAAGAACUGCGACAGAAAACAAGGCGUGAUUGUAAGAGAUUUGACUAAUUUCAUCAUGUUAUUGUCUGACUACACUUGGCUUGUUAAGAAGCUGCUGAAAUAACCUGUCAGGUGAUGUCUCAGUAUCUCUCUUUGUGCAUUUGAGCAUUUUUGUGAAUCUGGCCCGCCUGCACCACCUUGGUAUAGUCAGUCUUACUUAUACUCGGCUGGACCCGACACACGCUCAUCUGGGUGCUACCAGGAUAAUAUUGUGCAACAGAAAUGUCAAUGUGUUAUCAGGGUUUCUUGCUGUACAGUCAUUAUUUAAAAAAAAGUCUGACACUGUUUGUUAAUAUGGGUGUUAACAGCAAGAUACUUUGAAUCUGUCUGAGGAAAGAGUUUAAGAUGUUCCGAAUUAUUUUAAUGAUGCGUGGACCUUCCACUCUUUUUUUGUGUUUUUUUCUUUUCUUAUUCCUUACAAAAAGUGACGCAGACCACAGAAACACCAGGAAGUAAAAUUCUGGCAAGAUUUGACCCUAGGCCAGCAGGGGUACACGCAGAAGGAAGGGUGGGGGUGCCACAACGUGUCAAACACAGGAAUACUUUUGUCCACCUUCCCUUCAUGAAACAAGUGAGUCUGAUUGCUAUGCAUGGGUUGGAUGUUUCAUGGCGGUGGAGGAAGCGGAGUUUGGUCAGUUACUCUGGUUGCCGACUGGAGGGAACUCGUUCUCGUCGUCCAGGCAGACGGGGCUCUCAGCGAACUCGUGCUCGGGGAUGACCUCACCUUUCUGAGCUCCACCAUCCUCAGAGUAACCUGGGAAGAGGAGCGAGGAGGAAAAUAAGGGUUUUGUAGUCCCUCACCACCACUAA